AUGUACCAACAUUCGAAUCAUUCAUACUCGUCAUAUGAUUCAUUAAGGCGGUCGUCGAAUAAUCCAUUUAGACAACAGCAGUCGACUUUUUCUCACGAAAAUGAUUUUUUUAGUGGACCAAAAUCCUCAACGUCAACUUCGACUUCAACUUCUUCAUCGAAUUACUACGAUCAGUGGAUUCAAAAGAAUAAGGGGCUCAUGUAUACUUCAGAUGACGACUGUUUGGAAAAACCUAAAGCUAGCCCUAACAAACUUUUUUCCUACUAUCAGCACCAGAAUACCUCAGUCGACAGUUUAAGAGACGAGAGGCGAAACAAAAGUAAUCUCAUUUACGAAUAUGGAAACGGACUGAAACUGGAACAUGGACUGAAACUGGCACUGGGACUUGGAAAAUCGAGAAUGCCAAAGGCAAUACGAGCUGAUAGUGAUUCUAGUGUCGAUUACUCUAAAAGACAAAUGAAGUCGAAUAACCCAUUUGCCUCGGCUAUGAACGAGGAUAGGUACAGUCCACCAGAACGUCCACAGGGGAGGUCAAGUACUCCACCGGCACGUCCUCCUAAGCCACCGCAAGAUGAACUUGCACCGCCAUCUUAUGAAGAAGCAGCAGGUUCUGAAGCAGCAAAAAGAGAGUAUCCAAGGGAAAAGGAACCCUCUUCCUUAAGACACCAAAACAACCACAGAAGCAGCAAUAACGGUAGCGGGCACAGCAGCAGCAGCAGCAGUCGCAAUCCGCAUCGUCACACAUCUUCUUCACGUCGCCCCUAUAAGUCGUCGUCGUCCAAGAACAAGUCACCUAAUAAAAAGAAAGAAGCUGUUCCGGCAAAGAAUUUGGAUACUAUUGACAAAUUAGAUGUAACUGGCUUUUUCGGCGGUGGAUUUCACCAUGAUGGACCAUUUGAUGCUUGUACUCCUCAUAGGAAUAAGAAUGUUAAAAAGGCGCCCGUUAUGGCAUUCCCAGUUGAUGGGCCAAAUAACUCCAUAGCCGGAGCUAGAACAGUAGAUAAAGAUGCACAAAUGAAACUUGCAUUUGGCUACGAUGAACAAAAUGACAUCAAAGAGGCGCCACCGGUGAUCAAAACGAAUAGAGUCUCCAACGAUCCUUCUACGAGCAUUUAUACGCCAAAACAGAAUCCCUCAGUUAUCAAUUUCGACUCCCAGGCAAAGGCCGAACCUAUACAUGGAUUGUCUACUGCUGGGUUGGGUUCAACAACAUUUCUUGAUGGUGCUCCUGCUCCAAAAAAUGUAGAGGAACAUUUAAAUACAAAUAACGGAGGAUUGGGUAGAAAAAAAUCCUUGGUACAAAGAUUAAGAAAAAAUAGUGGAUCGGAGCAAGAUUCAAGAAGAAAUUCUAAUGAUGGACUUUACACAGCAGUAUCUGAUAAUGUCAGCGGUAGAAGAGGGUCGCUAAAUGCGAUAGAAGUGGAUGGUACAGACGGAUGGUUAAAACCACCAGGAAACUCUUUUAUCAGAAGAGUAAAGAGUUUGAAAGUGAAAAAAUAA